AUGAGUAUGCGUGUGGCGUGGGCCAGGUGGUACUGGAUCGUUAUAUUCACGACGUGCGCCGCGAGGACCGCCAGCGACUGGCUCGACUGCGCCCACAUAUCCACAUGCAAGUGCAAAUGGUCCUCCGGCAAGAAGACAGCUACGUGUGCCUCCGGUGACCUACGCCGCCCACCAGCUCUGUCAUCCGACAUACAAGUCCUUGACCUCCAUGAUAAUCCACUCCGAAACCUGCCACAAGAAGUAUUCGCAACCAUUGGCCUCUUAAACUUACAACGACUAAAUCUCCGAGCGACAAGCCUCAGGUCAAUACAUCCUGACGCAUUCUUAGAAUUAAAAAUUUUAAUAGAGGUCGACUUAGGAGACAACGAUUUAUCCCACCUUCCAAGGGAUAUAUUUAGAGGCAACGAAAGAUUAAGACAAGUUGUACUUAGUAGCAACCCUUUGACCACCCUUAUAGCGGAUCAGUUCCCACCUUUACCGCAUUUGCGAAUACUUUUGUUAGACGGAUGCAGAUUAAGGUCGAUACAUACAAAUGCUUUGAGGAAUUUAAAGUCUUUAGAAAACAUCGAUUUGCGUAGGAAUCAGCUUACGUUCCUUCGUUUGAUCACAUUUUCUCUACCUGCAUUGAAGACGGUAUCUUUGUCCGGUAAUCCUUGGAAAUGUGACUGUAGGCUUAGAGAAUUUAAGGACUGGUUUCUAGAGAGUAAAUUGGGUACUGAAGAUUUGCUUUGCGUGGAACCUUCGACGCAAGCUGGAAACAAGUGGCGUCACGUCGCUAGUGAGAGUAUGUCGUGUCCGCCUGAAAUUAAAUCAAGUACACUUGUCGUUAGAGCUGAUAUAGGAUUACCUACGACAUUCGGUUGUUGGGUCCACGGAGUGCCAAAACCAAAAGUAACGUGGUUAUUUGACGGUGUUGACGUUCACAAUAGCACGGUAGAAUGUGACAUGGAAGAAACAGAAACAAGUGUCGAAGAUGACACAGAGGAUAGAGUGCCAGGAAGUGUUCGAUGGGUCAAUGUGACCCUUUUAAAUGUGACAUCAAGUGCGGCCGGAGAGUGGACGUGCGUAGCGAAAAGUAUGGCGGGUGAGGCGAGGGCUAUAAUAAGUCUCGUUUUACCAAGGUCUCAAACGGCAACGGCUCGCACUGCACCUGGGAUUCCACAUUUAUUAGGUGUUGUAUUUGGCGCGCUGGGUAUACUAGCGACUCUGGGAUUCAUUGCAGCAGUAGCUUGUUGGCAUCUCAGACGACGAACGGUUCCACCGAGCAGAAGUUUUACUGAUCAAGAAAAACGACUAAUAGAUGCAUCUGUUGUCGUAAGUUGUGAUCGAUCUAUUGGCGACAUGGCCUCACCGUGUGAUUUUGAAAUGACAGAACGAAUGUCAGAUGAGCCUCCUAGAGGAUGCGGUUUUGAUCCUGUUCAUAUAACUAUAGAAGGGACACCGGGUGCAUUUCCACCACCACCUGCAGAAUUUGCGGUUCCAGUUCCGUAUGGUAAUAUUUUCAUAUCUGUUCAAGUAGCUGGUCGAGGAGAGCCUGCGAAAUACCCAGACUUGUUGAGUGGUGGCGCAACAUUACCUCGACGAAAUAGAACUUGUUGUGCAGCUCCAGCAUAUGACAACAUGGGUCCUAGAGUUACAGCUACAGGCAGUUCCACGUGGUCCUUGCCAGGAGCAGCACGGAGAACGUAG